AUGUUCGGAUCGCAUCCGGAUACACACCCCACGGCAUUUACCUCAAAGAUCAUCACUAUGCAUUCCAAGAUCGCCGCUUUUCUGCUUCCGCUCUUCGCUGUUGCGAACCCAGUCCCAGCAUCUGGUUCUGGCGCUGCCCCCGACCCAACCCAAAUUACCAUCAUCGAUUCUGCCUACUCCGGUAACGGCUGCCCGCAAGGUUCCGUCUCAACGAGCACUUCUCUAGACAAGACCGUAAGCACAUGUACCCUACGCCCUCCUAUCUUAUGUGCCCUCCUAUCUUAUGUGCCCUCCUCUCUCGUGUAUCUGCCAUUGAGAGGCACAACGGCCGCGAGAAACGUAUAUAGUAGAGAUAAUUUUGCUGACGAUUUUGAUAAGGUUAUCACAUACGGAUUCGACCAAUUCCAAACAUACAUCGGCCCCGGUAUCGCCACCAAGGACAACUCACGCGCGUGCCAGCUCCAUCUCAACCUCAAAUACCCAGGCGGCUUCCAAUACGCAGUAGUCUCCGCAGUUUAUCACGGCUUCGCGCGUCUAGACAAGGGCAUCACGGGCGACUUUCUUACCAGCUACUACUUCUCCCAGGAUGCAGGCAAGACGUCGACAACGCGCAUGAGCGCUACGGGGGGCGGCGACCUAGUUAACGGACAGGUGUAUACCAAGCAGGACAACGUUGAGACCACUGCUGUUGUCUGGUCGCCGUGCGGUACCACGGGUAUCUUGAAUGUGAACAACCGCAUUAGCUUGCGGUCCUCCAAUUCGUCUGCUUAUGGCGAGCUUUCUAACGACGAUGCUACCGUUGCGUUUACACAGCAGGUACAUGUCUCGUGGCAGCCUUGUACACCCAAGAGGUAA